UACGCCCAUUCCAUCCGGCUGGACGGUGACAUCAUGCUGGGCGGCCUAUUCCCUGUGCACUCCCGUGGCGAGAGAGGAGUGCCCUGCGGGGAGCUGAAGAAGGAGAAGGGCAUUCAUAGGCUGGAGGCCAUGCUGUUUGCGAUUGACCUGAUCAACAAGGACCCAGAGCUGCUCCCCAAUGUGACACUGGGGGCGCGCAUCCUGGACACCUGUUCUAGAGACACCUAUGCCCUGGAGCAGUCGCUGACUUUCGUCCAGGCACUCAUCGAGAGGGACGGCUCAGAUGUGCGCUGCGCCAACGGAGACCCGCCCAUCUUCGCCAAGCCGGACAAGGUGGUGGGGGUCAUAGGGGCGGCGGCUAGCUCGGUGUCUAUCAUGGUGGCCAACAUCCUACGGCUCUUCAAGAUCCCUCAGAUCAGCUAUGCAUCCACGGCACCCGAGCUGAGUGACAAUACACGCUACGACUUCUUCUCCCGUGUGGUGCCACCGGACUCCUACCAAGCUCAGGCCAUGCUGGACAUCGUCACGGCGAUGGGCUGGAACUAUGUGUCGACCCUGGCCUCGGAGGGGAAUUACGGAGAAAGUGGCGUGGAGGCUUUUGUCCAGAUCUCCAGAGAGUCUGGUGGCGUGUGCAUUGCCCAGUCUCUGAAGAUCCCCAGGGAGCCGAUGCCGGGGGAGUUUGACAAGCUCAUCCUGCGACUGCUGGAGACCUCCAACGCCCGAGCCGUCAUCAUGUUUGCCAAUGAGGACGACAUUCGCCGUAUCCUGGAUGCGGCCAAACGCAACAACCAGACGGGUCACUUCCUGUGGGUGGGUUCAGACAGCUGGGGCUCCAAGAUCUCCCCUGUGGUCCAGCAGGAGAGAGUGGCAGAGGGGGCCGUCACCAUCCUCCCCAAGAGAGCCUCCAUAGACGCCUUCGACCGUUACUUCCGGAGCCGUUCCCUCUCCAACAACAGGAGGAACGUGUGGUUCGCGGAAUUCUGGGAAGAAAACUUUGUGUGCAAGUUAGGGAUGCAUGGCAAGCGACCUGGGAGCCCCAAGAAAUGCACAGGACUGGAGAAGGUAGGUCGUGACUCAACCUACGAACAGGAGGGGAAGGUACAGUUUGUGAUGGAUGCUGUAUAUGCCAUGGCCCACGCCCUACACCGAAUGCACCGAGAGCUCUGCUCAGGGUACCCAGGCCUGUGUCCACGGAUGGCCAACAUUGACGGCAAGGAGCUACUGACCUUCAUCAGGGCGGUAAACUUCAAUGGAAGUGCUGGGACUCCUGUCACAUUUAAUGAGAAUGGCGAUGCUCCAGGACGCUACGACAUCUUUCAGUACCAGAUCAACAACAGAUCAACAGCAGAGUACAAGGUCAUCGGCCACUGGACCGACCAGCUAUACCUAAAUAUGGAUGCCAUGCAGUGGACCAGUGGAGACCCCUCUGUGCCCGCCUCUGUGUGCAGCCUGCCCUGCAAGAUGGGAGAGAGAAAGAAGGUGGUGAAGGGAGUACCAUGUUGCUGGCACUGCGAGCGCUGUGAGGGCUACCACUUCCAGGCCUGUGAGUUCAUGUGUGAGCUGUGCCCGUAUGAGCAACGCCCUGACCAGAACCGCACCGGGUGCCAACCUAUCCCCAUCAUCAAGCUGGAGUGGCACUCUCCCUGGGCAGUGUUGCCAGUCUUUAUCUCUGUCCUGGGCAUUCUGGCUACCACCUUCGUCAUUGUCACCUUUGUUCGUUACCACGACACGCCCAUUGUCCGAGCAUCAGGCCGAGAGAUGAGCUAUGUUUUGCUCACAGGUAUCUUCCUGUGCUAUGCUAUCACCUUCCCCAUGAUCGCAGCCCCUGACGUUGCCGUUUGCUCCUUUAGGCGCAUUUUCCUGGGCCUGGGGAUGUGCUUCAGCUACGCUGCUUUGCUUACCAAAACCAACCGCAUCCACCGCAUCUUCGAGCAGGGCAAGAAGGCUGUGACUGCACCGCGGUUCAUCUCCCCGGCCUCCCAGCUGGUCAUCACCUUCAGCCUGAUCUCAGUUCAGUUAAUGGGCGUGUUUGUGUGGUUCGCUGCCGACCCGCCGCACACGGUAGUGGACUAUGGUGAGCAGCGCACGCAGGACCCUGAGAACGCCCGCGGGGUGCUCAAGUGUGACAUCUCAGACCUCUCACUCAUCUGCUCGCUUGGAUACAGUAUCCUGUUGAUGGUCACAUGUACUGUUUAUGCCAUCAAGACCAGGGGAGUGCCAGAGACCUUCAACGAGGCCAAGCCUAUUGGAUUUACUAUGUACACUACCUGCAUUAUUUGGUUAGCAUUUAUACCCAUCUUCUUUGGGACGGCACAGUCGGCAGAAAGGAUGUACAUCCAGACAGCCACGCUGACCGUCUCCCUCAGCCUGAGCGCCUCCGUCUCCCUGGGACUGCUCUACAUGCCCAAGGUCUACAUCAUCAUCUUCCACCCAGAGCAGAACGUACCCAAGCGCAAGCGCAGCUUCAAGGCCAUUGUCACUGUCGCCACCAUGACCAGCAAGCUGUCCCAGCUAACCUCAGAGCGACCCAACGGAGAGGUGAAGACCGAACUCUGCGAGGGCAUGGACACCAGCAUGCCAUCAUCCAAAACAACGUAUGUCAGCUACACCAACCAUGCCAUUUGA